GCCGCUUCCGCGGCGCCGGCCGCGCCAUGGAGCUCCUGCAGCCGGCCGCCCUCCUUCUCCUUCUCCCCUUACUGCUCGUCCCGCUGGCGCUCCUGGCUAGGAGGCGCCGCGGCCGGCGGACACCUCCGCUCAGUCUCCUGGUGGUGGCUGGCUCCGGUGGGCACACAACAGAAAUCCUGAGGUUAAUUAGCUGUUUGUCAGAGUCCUACUCUCCUAGACAUUAUGUUUUAGCAGACUCAGAUAAGAUGAGUGAAGCUAAAAUACGUUCUUUUGAACAAAAAAGGGCUGAAACAUUCCCUAAAUCCCAGUUCACCCUUCAUCGCAUUCCCAGAAGCCGUGAGGUUAGACAGUCCUGGACCUCCUCUGUGGUAACAACCCUAUACUCCAUGCUUUACUCUCUUCCUUUGACCAACAAACUGAAACCAGAUUUGAUAUUGUGCAAUGGACCAGGAACAUGUGUUCCUGUCUGUAUAUCUGCUCUUCUUCUUGGCCUUCUAGGAAUAAAGAGAUCAAUCAUUGUAUAUGUAGAGAGCAUCUGCCGUGUGGAAACUUUAUCGCUCUCUGGAAAGAUCCUUUACUACUUUUCAGAUUAUUUCAUCGUUCAGUGGCCUGAUCUAAAGGAAAAAUAUCCCAAGUCGGUAUAUCUUGGUCGAAUCGUGUAACAACAGAAGACAAGCUUUACCUAAAAUAAACUCUGCAAACUCCUCACUGAAGAAUUGCAUUCAUGUAGCGAUUUAUUUUCAAGAGUUACCGUUAAGAAAUUAGGCUGAUACUAGAAAAUGAGGCAAUAAUAAAGAUAUAUCUACAUUUAAGUAAAA